CUACACUCGAGAGAGCUUUCAGUCCCACGCUUUUACACCUCACGGGCUGAACGACUUCUCCGGUUGAGAGGACGUGUGAGAGAUUUGGACUUUGGAAGACACUUUAUCUCCUCUGUGUUCAGCAAGCCAAGCCACCAUGAGCAGUACCUACAGUGUGUCCCUGAUUGGACCUUCCCCUUGGGGCUUCAGACUGCAGGGGGGGAAGGAUUUCAGUAUGCCCCUCACCAUUUCCAGAUUGACGGAUGGAGGAAAGGCGGCCAAGGCCAAGAUCAGCGUGGGGGAUGUGGUGCUGUCUAUCGACGGCAUCGCCACGGAUGGCAUGACCCACCUGGAGGCCCAGAACAAGAUCAAAGCGUGCACUGGCAACCUGAAGCUCACCCUGCAAAAAGUGUCCAACGCUCCAAAGGUGGAUGCCACCCCUAAGGAAGAGCCACUGGAGAUCAUUAAGCCUGUACCCAUCAGCCACCCCUCUGCUUCCACACCCGUCACCAACCCCAACCCUAGCAGUGCCUACAACAAGACCGCCCGGCCGUUCGGAGGGGGUAGCGGCGCGGGGGCGGGUAGCGCCGCCGUCCCGGCCGCGCCUAAGGCCUCCAUCCCCUCUGCCUCCUCUGCUUUCACCGCCACCGCGCCCUCCCAGCAAACCCCCCCACAGCCCCCCUUCCCGCUGGCCAGCAGCGCUUCCCGUUCCCCCGCACCCAAGCCCGCCUCCGGACACUCCCCGUUCCCCGCCUCCUCCACCUCCCCCUCCUCCUCUGGCUCCUCCUCCCCGGCCAGAAUAACGGGGCCCUCCUCCUCCUCCUCCUCCUCUUUCCCCAACCCCCCGCAGCCCUCGGUCUAUAACACGCCAAUCAAACUGUACUCUACUGAGAAUGCCUGUGAGGUGGCCAUGGGCCAGAGGCGGGGCUUGCUGGAGAGCCAGGGUGCAGCGGAGCAGUACAACGGGACGGCCAGGAAACCCAUUAUAGAGACGGAACUGGACGUCAACCACAUGUCCCUCCACACCGACGCCAGCAAAAAGCGUCUGAUCGAGGACACGGAGGACUGGCACCCGCGCACCGGCACGUCCCAGUCCCGCUCUUUCCGCAUCCUGGCGCAGAUCACUGGCACGGAGAACGAGCAAGGUCAGAAGACCAGCCCUGAAAAGAAUGAGUUUGCACCACCCUCUCAGACCGGAGCUCACAUCACAUCCUCAGUGAAGACCAUGACCAAAAACCCCCGAAAUGGCAGUGGUGGGAUAGCAGGUUUCCCAAAGGCGGGUGUCCCGGCCGGUCGGACAGCCGCAUCCUUCGGGCGAGUAAGCAACAGUGCUCCUAAAGGUCCUCAACGUCCUGCUCCCCAGCCACACCCUAAAGACCAGGAUUCUCUUGUGCAGCGUGCGGAGCACAUUCCCGCUGGGACACGCACUCCUAUGUGUGCCCACUGCAACAUGGUUAUCAGGGGUCCUUUCCUGGUUGCCAUGGGAAAAUCGUGGCACCCAGAAGAGUUCACUUGUGCACAGUGUCACUGCUCCCUGGCAGAUGUGGGUUUUGUGGAGGAGCGGGGUUCUGUGUACUGCGAGCACUGCUACGAACAGUUCUUCGCGCCCGCGUGUUGCCGUUGCCAGGAGAAGAUUCUCGGGGAAGUCAUCAAUGCCCUGAAGCAGACCUGGCAUGUGUACUGCUUCCUCUGUGCCUCCUGCCAGCAGCCCAUUCGCAACAACACCUUCCACCUGGAGGAUGGAGAACCAUACUGUGAGAAAGACUAUUACAACCUAUUUGGUACAAGCUGCCAUGGAUGUGACUUCCCCAUCGAGGCUGGAGACAAGUUUCUGGAGGCUCUGGGGUUCACCUGGCACGAUACCUGCUUUGUGUGUAUGGUCUGCAGUACCAAUCUAGAAGGCCAGGCUUUCUUCUCCAAAAAGGACAAGCCCUUGUGCAAGAAGCAUGCACACACAGUUAACAUCUGACCCCCCUGAAUUCCGCAGUGUACGACCAGAUGAAAUUAACAAGAGAAAUUCUAUUCUAUCGGCUGUUGAUAUUUAGAUUUUUUUUUCUUUUUUCGGGAAGAUUAUUGAUUCAUGAGUUUAUAAUUCCUUUAUCUACAGAUAUAUCUAGUUAGGGGAAAUGUGUGCUUUGUUUAUUUUAUUUCUGUUGUCGCUCUCGCUGUCAGGUGUUUUAUGUUCACAGUUAUAACGAGUGCCUUAGUCCAGUUUUCAUCAGUGAGAAAAUGGACAAUGUUUGAUGAGGUAGCCAUAGAGGUACAGUCUUCUCUCUACCAAGAUUUGAAAUUGUAAUGUUAUGUGCUCUUUUAAUAGUGUUCCUUCUUGUCCUUUUCCAUAGCGAAUACGAUAUAAUCGUGUAUGAUGCCACAGUGGUAGAAUGUUCUAGAAAGGACCGUCGAGGAGAGGAGAGAGGUGCUGGGCUCUGUAUUAGACUUCAGAAUUGUCUCUGUUCACUCAAACAAAGGAUGUACAGAGUACAGUGCACGUCGAAUUUGGGAGCUAUUUUCAAAAAAAAAAAAGGCAAAUUUAAUAGGAUGGCGAUCAUGUCUUUAUUUUUUUUUUUGUUUAAAACACGUUUACUUUGAUCGUAAUCAGUAUAGCGUGGAACGGGGCCGUCGUACGUUGGCCACGCUGAGCGUGAUGGAAAUGUUUUAUGCCGCCUGAAACGGGUUUUGCCGCGGCUUCGUUGAAUCUCACGGAUGAAAAGAUCCACUGGGGGACAGUGUAUGGUUUCUCCAUACAGUGGAAUGGUAAAAUCAGCACUCAGCAUAAAACAGUAACCGAGAAUCCUCACUCACUCCUCAGUUUCAUUUGCAAUACCCCCCC